AUGGCAGGCUCCUUGGCAACUAGAAAGAGAGCACCUCCACCACCAAAUCUCGACUUGGAUACCGUUCGUCGUACCCUACAAUCCGAUGGCCCAAAAACCCCUCCAGGGCCGCUCACUCCACAUCGGCCCCUAAUUGUGUCGAAUUUACCUGAACCAAUCCAUCCAACAUCAACAAUAACGAGCCAAAGGCCGCUGACUCCCCAACCUACACGGCCGUCGACGUUCACAUCAGGGUUUGCAGGUCCUAGCGACACUAGCUCAUCUUCCUCGACGUCCAAACCACAACAGACGACCUUGAUUAUUUCAACAACCGCAACAUCAUUUGGAGUUGUUUCAAGUCCUACAAAUACCAUCUUCGUCACUGCGGCACCUCAGACGGUUACAGUCACUGCGGCCCCCGUACCUUCUACCGCACCGGGUCCAGGUGGCAUUGAUGAUACAAAACCGCAGCCAUCUACAGUUGCGCCAACUCCGGGAGUUUCAUUUACGACGGGAGCCGGUGUAGUUGUGAUCGGCGUUCUUGGUGGUAUAGGUAUAAAACGACUGUUCCAGCGACACUGA